AUGACGGGAAAAAUAGAGGUAAUUGAAAAUAUUGAAAGCAUUGAAGAAGUUUGGGCAGUUAAGCAUGAACUUUAUUCUUCAGAUUUGAGUGGUCAGCUUGAAAAGAUUAUGACACCUAAUCUUGAUUGUAACGUGAACAAGCAAAUUAUUGUUCCUGAAAUUGUAUUCAACUUGAAAUAUGAGGAGAAUAAAUCAAGUGAUCCAUCAGAUUUCAGUCCUGGAGCCCUCAAUUCUGGUGAAGAUUCUGCUAUUACUUCUAACGAUGAACAAGAUACAAUGAUAAAGGUAAAAGUAGAUGAAUCUUCUAAAAUGUUUCAAUUGGAUAAAAAACCUAUCUCUAGUAUUAAGGUAGAAAAUCUUCCUAUAGAAAGAGAAUUACAAUUUAAUCUGUUUAAAAUUUCAGAAAGUAAGGCCCUAAUUCUUAUCAAUGCAAUGAAUUCUACAACUCUUUUGCAACAACUUACACCUUCGAGUAUGGGGUGUGCACUCUAUAAGGCUCAAGAAAAGAGAUAUCAUCAGAAACCAGAGAAAAAGGUAUUGUUUCGUUACCAUGAAAAGAGCAUUGAUAAGCCAUUCAAAAGAACGAGUCGGAGACCAAUCGAGAAAAAAUUUACAAUAAAUGUCUUGGAUACUUUAGUUAAAUAG